CACGGACGUUUUAGCGAUCGGACCAUAUUGUGUCCUGCUGUCUGGGUCAUCGAGACGAGUGAAUAUUACAGUUGAUAAUUUUCCCAAUAUGACGUUUUCCGUGUGAAUUUGAGAUGUUUUCUGUUCUACUUGGAAGAAGUGUCAUAACCGCCCAGAAGGUAUGGCACUGGGCAAGAGCGCCACAGAAAUGUUGGACAUCUUCGAUUAUUAGAGGAACUAAUUAUGGGUCAAGCACCCAAGAAAUCAGAUGGGCAUCCUCAACCAAACCACCAACACAAUGGUCUGGAGCUUCACGUGAACAGUGUUCUCCUGCUGUGUCUGCUUUCACAAGAACUGAGGUCUUCCAGAAGAAGAAGUUUCAUGAAGCCACAUUCACGGCAAGGAAUCAGCAUUUCCAUUCUUCUGGUGUGAGGCUAAAAAAGCGAGAAAAGCCAGAACCUCCGCCCAGAGAGCUGGACCUGCUGCGUUAUGACAUGAAGGACUUCUGGAAGACUCCCAAACCGGCUCUCUGGCUUGGGUUUGCAGGGCUGAUCCCCUUUGUUGCUCCUCCUCUCUUUAUGGGCAUCACUGAAAGCUACUUCUUAGAGCUGGCCUAUGCGCAGGUAGCCUACGGGGCCUCCAUUGUUUCCUUCCUGGGUGGAGCUCGUUGGGGAUAUGCCCUCCCUGAGAGCAGCCCAGCCAAACCUGACUGGAUAAACCUAAGCAACAGUGUAGUUCCCCCGCUCUUAGCUUGGGUCACCAUGCUGAUGGCCGACACCAUUAUUCCUGCAGCCAUUAUGGUUAUGAUGGCACUGGGGAUCUCACUUCACUAUGAUCUGUCACUGCUGCCAACUUACCCUAACUGGUUCAAAUCUUUGCGCGCCAUCUUGACCAUUGUGGCAUGUUUUUCUCUUAUGGGGACAAUCAUUGUGAUUGGAAUUUUUCCAGAAAAGAAAUUGUUUUCAGAGUAAGAAAUCAUGCAGAUAUUUUGGUUGCAUCUUGUUUGAAUGUGAUUUGUGUAGUUUCAACACACAAGCAAAUAAAAAAAAACUUAAGU